AUGUAACACUUAUAUCAAUAAAAAUAGAUCGUCUAAAACACUGAAAAUUAAAUAUAAAGAGAAAUUUAAUACUAUAUUUAUUAAGAUUUAGAAAAUGCACUAUGUUAAUUAGGUCAACUAGAAGAAACAAUAGAAUAAUUAGAAUAUUAAAAGGAUAAAUCUUACCUACCAAUAGCUAUGAAUAAAGUAAUUUUAUAAGCAAACUUAUCUUUUGGAAUUCAUUUUGAUUAAUAUUCUUAACAUAAUAAGACUUCAGGAAAUUUUUUAUAUCAAUGUAAAACUAGAGCUAAAUCCAUUUUUGAAGAGGCUUUAAACAAGAAAAUCAUCAAGAAUACUCAUCCUAAAGUUAAGGAAAUCUGCAAUUUUUAUUUAUAAAACAUUUUUAGCCAAAAAAACAUGUAAUAAUAUGAAGAGCUUCAUCUAGAAAAAGUUUAAAUUGAGAGUUAAUUUAAUUAACAAGCCUUAGAGAAAGUCAUUUGGGGAACUCAAAUUGUUGAUAAAUAAUUAAAACAAUUGUAAAAUCAGGAAUAUAAACCUCCAACUGGUCAAGAAAUUUUCGAAAAAAUUAAGUAAUAUAAUAUAUUAAAAAAUUUAGGAAAAGUAAAAAACAUUGUGAAGAAUAAUUGAAAAUAAACUUUUAAAAUGAUUUAGCUUAAGAGUAAAAAUAAGAUUAGAAUAAAUUAAGAAUUUAAUAAGAAGAGUAUAAAAAAUAAACACUAAAAUUAUAGAGUGUGAAUUAAAAUUCAAAAAAAAUAAAAAAUUAAAAUCAAGAUUUAUCUCAACAAAAUAAAAUAAAUAAAGUUGAAGAUUCUAGAAGAACAUAAUAUCCUGAUGAUAAUUAAAAAGGUGCUAAAUAAAGAAAUAAAACGUAAGGUACAAAAGGACAAUAUUAGAUUAUUCAAAAGCAGAAGUGA